GGGGUAGCGGGGGAGACCGAAGGAAAUGAGACAACCUUUUCCUCCCACGGACUCAGGCUCCUCUAGAGUGUGCAGGGCUGGAGGAGUCCCGAGGUCGGGUGUGCGCGUUCCUUAUUCAGCCCGGAGGAGGGCCACCCCAAACUGCUCUCUGGCGCGCGGGUGCCCCAGCCACAGGGCUCAGCAGCACAUUCCCGUGCCCUUCCCUAGGUGAUCUGAUCCACUCCAGGCCCCCCUGCUCGGUCCCCGGAAGUACGCGCCAGAGGUCCUAGAGAAGGAGGAGAGAGGGAGGGGCUACGCUGAGCCAGAAGACUUGUCCAGGAGCUCUUCUCAGAUGCCACAUGAAGCUGCCCCUCAGCUCCAGCACAGAACCAGUGGCCACGGAGCCCUUGGGGAUGGCUCUGCUCAGCAGCAUCCUGGCAGCCUGGUCCUAUAUCUCAGAAAACCCUGAGCGAGCCGCUCUGUACUUUGUCUCUGGUGUGUGCAUCGGCCUGUUCCUGACCUUGGCUGCCUUGGUGAUGAGGAUCUCCUGCCACACGGACUGCCGGCGGGGUCCCCGGAGGAGGUGCUUGCAGGACCACGAGAGCAGCAGUGACAGCAGCGACAGCGAGGAUGGUAGCGAGGACACAGCCUCGGACCUCUCGGUGCGCAGACACCGUCGCUUCGAGAGGACUUUGAACAAGAACGUGUUCACCUCUGCAGAGGAGCUGGAGCGCGCACAGCGGUUGGAGGAGCGCGAACGAAUCAUCAGGGAGAUCUGGAUGAACGGGCAGCCUGAGGUGCCCGGCACCAGGAGCCUGAACCGCUACUACUAGGGCUCAGUGUGGACCCCAGAACCUCUGCAGAUGCCAGGAAAAGAGAGGGGGUUCUGCAGCCAGCUCUGUGAAAGUGGCUGGAGAGUGCAUAGCACCAGCCUGCUUUCUCAAGAGCAUGGGUGUUUGUUUUAGAUUCUUGCCUCUGGAGUAAUAAUAGACAACCCAGGCAGGGGCUUCUGCCUUUUCAGGUCUUGACAUCCACCUGGGCACAUCAGCCCAAUGCUUCCAGGUCUUGGAAAGGUGCUGAGGAUUUCCUCUCCAACCACAUGACAGAUGUGACGAGCUGAACGUCCUUCUGAAGAGCCCAGAAGUUUGGGCAGACUUAUCCUGUGCCGUUCCUUUACAAAAGGAAAAAAAUAAAUUCACAUAGCUGAAGAGCUGGGGCAUCAGGGUGACCGUAACCCAGAAAAUGUAAUUUUCUAAAGGACUCCAUGUAGAGGAAGUGUUUUUUGAUUGAGAUAGCAUGAUCCAUGCUAAUUAUUUAAAGCUAAUUUUUAAAACAGAAAAAAAAAAAAAAAAUCUUGGCAACCUCUGCAUUUUAACUGACACCUCAGGGAUUAAAAUCCUAUCCUACUUCUUAGUCUAGUUCCCACCUCAUUCAUGAAGAUGAAUAGAACUUACUCUAUUAUGAGAUGUAUUGGAGACUUAGGAUACAUCAAUAACCUCAGAGUUUGAUAAAGGGUUUUAUUUUUUAGUAGUUUAUAAAAUAUAUAUUGACAUGUGUAUUUGAAAAUGCUGCAUAAAAAUAGAAAAUGUGUGUCCUUCCCUUUUGGAGAGAAAAGUCUCAUGACUUCAGAGAUUCAUGAUAUUUAAAUAAUAUUUUGUUUAAAAAAUAGUUUGGGUUUCCAAAGAGUGGAAACCAGAGGUGAGAAUUAAAGCCAAAAUUAGAAUGGUAUCUAAAAUAAACAUUCCAUGAAAAUUUC